AUGAGGAAGAGGAUUGGGAGUUUUAUUUCAGGAAUCUCUGAAGCUCUCUCCUUUAAUCAAGCCACUCUAUCUGGAGCUUUAGACGUUAUUGUAAUUGAGCAUGAAGACGGCUCCAUGUUUUGCACUCCUUUCCACGUGAGAUUUGGCAAAUUUAAACUCCUUAGAUCAAUGCAAAAAAAAGUAAGAAUUGCUGUAAACGGGAAACUCACCGAUAUAUGUAUGAGGCUUGGAAAAGCUGGGGAAGCCUAUUUUAUUAAAGGUGAAACCCUAAAUGAUGCCCCUGAUCUGCCUCCUUCUCCUAUAAUUUCUCCUGAGCAAUGCAUACUAGAUAACUUAGAAGAUCUAGAAGAGGAUGAAGAAGAUAAAAAAUCAGUUGAAGAGCUACUAGUAAAAAGUCCUGAAGCCAUUAUGAAAGAGCUUGAACAAGAAACUAUCCAAACUAAGUGGGCAUGGCCAUGGACAAAACCUCCGACUGAAACCAAGCCGAGAUCUUCUUAUAUUGGCUCUAUUUUUGGAAUGUUUAGGAAGAAAUCAGUCACAAUAGAAACUAAGAUUGAGGCUAAUGAAUCUUUUGCAAUGUCACUGUGUGGGUACUCAGACACUGAUAUAGAUUUAAAAACUUUUGAAGAAAAUAUUGUUUCUUAUGAAGAUUUUCAGAGCAAUCCUUGAGAAAUCAUUAGUGACCCGAAAUUUGUAGUGAAAAUUGAUGGGAAAUUUUAUAAUUGAGAAUCCGCUGUGCCUCAUAUAUGUUUAUUGAACUUAUUGAGAAGUCCGCUGGCAUUUCUGAAAGGAUAUUUCUUCCCCUACUGCUUCCUGCUGCUCGCCAGUUCGCGCUUCACGACAUCGCGAAGGUUGCUCCUGCCGGACGAGGGCCUCCCGAUAGUCAUAUGAACCGCUCUACCGUGCCGUGAGUAAACAGAGGUUGCCCGCCAUGGAAAAUUCAAAAGGGUUUAAUUUUCUGGUCGACUCUUGGAGAAAAUGGAAACUCGAAGCCCAGGACAUAACCCCUAGUUUCAGGCUGGAAAAUAGUCCCUAUCGGCCAGGACGACGGGUACUAGCUUCCGGGAGAUUCCUUUCUAACUCUCGGACACAUUUCCCCAGGGGCAAAAAGCUGGACAUUGGAUUAAAGCUUGCGGUAAGAUAAACACGACAUUGCGCUUCACUAAACCAAGAAUAAACUGGCUGGAUGCACAUUUCCAAACGCCAUCUCCCUUUUCAAGGUCCCAGCACACCCUAUGGGAUGUCAGUUGCAAGAGUCAAGAGCGCGGGCUAGUUCGCCACAUCAUUUAAAUAUACUAGUCUCAUAUAAUGUCAAUGCUAGCGUUUAAAAGGCCGCUCUAUGAUGAUCAGAAAUCUCCAACACUUUUGCAAAAAGAAGAAAAUAAAGAAGAAAAUGGAGAUAAGCAUCCUGACGUAGAAAUAAUUACUGAUGUUAAAGAAGAAGUUGUAUAUGAAAAAACAUUAUUAUUAACAUCUCAGCAGCUUAAACAUCUAAACCUCACUAAAGGUGUAAAUACAGUCACAUAUACAGUAGAAGGAGAUUAUAGAGGUGAGCAGUCUAUAACUGGCAAAAUUUAUCUGUGAGACUCCAAUAGCAAAAUUGUAGUAUCAGAUAUCGAUGGAACUAUAACACGUUCUGACGUACUUGGCCAAUUCCUACCUUUAGUCGGCAAAGACUGAAGCCAUCCUGGUGUUGUAGGCCUCUACAAUGGUAUAAUCCAAAAUGGCUACAAACUCCUUUAUCUCUCCUCCAGAGCUAUUGGACAGGUCGGGAUAACAAAAGGGUAUUUAAAUUCCCUCAAUCAAAAUAAUCAGGUAUUGCCUGAUGGCCCAGUAAUUAUGAGUCCUGACAGACUGGUUGUGUCUUUUAUCAGAGAAGUCAUCAAGCGAAUGCCUCAAAAGUUUAAAGCAGGUGUCUUAAGAGACAUAGCUUCUCUAUUUCCUGAAGAUAAAAAUCCUUUUUAUGCAGGAUUUGGAAAUAGAGACACUGAUGCGAUUGCAUACAGGGCUGCAGGAAUCUCUCUUCAUAAGAUCUUCAUUAUAAGUCCUAAUGGGAAUGUUAAAACCAUUAACCAAACAUUUGUGAAGUCUUAUCUUGAGCUCAAUGACGUCGUUUCCGAGCUAUUUCCAUCAUUGAAUGGUAAUUUUUAUUUACUCCGCACUUUAAUUGGAGCAAAAAAUCCUCCACAAUUUAAAGGGAGGCUAAAUUUUUUUUGAAAAAAUAAUUAAAAUAUUCAUUUAUCCUUUAAAAUUUGAUGGAAAUAAACGGCAUUAAAUUGUUUACCAAAUAUUUUUGCAUGGAACUAUCAUUCCAUCUUUAUAAAAAGUCAAAUUUUCCAAUAUAACACAAUUUUAAAAGGAGAGUUAGGCUUAGAGGAGUCCUCAAAUUGGGAAUAUACAGAUUUAAAUUAUUGGAAGGCUCACUAUGCACCCACACUGGAAGAUGAAGUUGAUUAA